AAGCCAGCUUCAGUCGCAGAGUAGAUUUGGUUCGUUUUAGAAGUUUCCCGACAAGCUUGGUCAAGGUUUGAAAUAAAGUAUAGUUUCGAAAUUUGUGUGAGUCCUUUUCCCACUUCCGUCCGUUCGGAGUGGGGACUGUUUAUCCCUGGGGGUGAUUUAUGGAGCGCAGGGGAUAAAGAGGACCUGAGACGGACCGGUCUUCAUUGGCACGUUUUUGCGGGCUUAGUGCAAAUUAAAGUAGCGGAGAGGAGUUUGCUUUUACGGUGACUUGGAUUAGGAUUUCAUCAACGGGUUUUCCGGGAUGUUGAAAAACAUUUGAACAAAAAAAAAGAUGGUUUAUAUGUCUUCCCUCGAGGGUGAAAAAGCUAUGAAGUGAUGUAACUUUCGAAGCGCGCGAGUGUGAGUUUUUGCUGCUUUCAGGACGAGUGAUCUCCACAUAUAUAAUCCUUUUCCCACUGAGACUCUAGUGGCAAUCAGCGAGUUUUAUGUAAUCGCCGCAAGUAGCAGUGUCCGCAGUGACCGGUUAACAAUUCCUUCAGUGCACAAGCAGUCACGUAAAGGACGUGCCUAAUAGUCCUGUGUUGGAAGCAAGUGUUUUCUAGUGAAAAUCAUUUUUUCCUACUUCUUCACGAGUGUUUAUUGAAUUUUAACAAAAGAGUGAAAAUCCAUUCCUGAAAGAAUAAUAGUGGAUCGGAGCUGUGAAGGAAAUUGAAAAAUUAAGUCAAUAUUUGCAAAUCAUCAACGAUUCAAAGCGGGAGGGUGAAGCGAAUUAGAAAGAAGCCAUUGUCGGUCGAUGUAAAAAGUGAAAUUAAAACAGCACAGCAAGAACCUUCCCUUUUGCUGAAAAUAAGGCAGAACCAGAAGGCAGUAAAAAAAACGUCACAACCGUCGAGAGCGCAAACCACUGACUGCUGCAAGAGGCACCUACCAAAGUGGGACGCAUUGUCAACCCGGAAGUUUAUUGUUCCUGUUUGUUUUUUUUGCUUCUGCUCCCUCUUCCCAGCUUGAGGCGACAGGUUUACAGCCGAUCCGGAACAUUCAAUCUACGGAGCUCGUUUCUUGCACGUAAAGGAGUCACAACCCUCCACCGGUACAAUUAUAGGAUUUUCUCUUCCGAUGUAGAAUGGAACCUUCUACAUUAUGACAAUAACAGCAAUAACAAUAGGAACAGUAAAAACAACAAUUCCAGCAGCAGUAGCAGCAGCAGCAGCAGUAGCAAAAUCAACAGCUAUUAAAGGACGAACGAACGGGUAACCGAAUCUGGUGGCUGCAACAUGAGCUCACGUCACGCCUUCUACACCGUAGAGGUGGGUGACACCAAGUUUACUAUUCUGAAGCGAUACCAGAACCUAAAACCGAUCGGAUCCGGUGCUCAAGGCAUUGUUUGUUGAAUCAUUGCCAUUUUUCAGCUAGUAGUCAGUACUUCAAUCAUCGUUACAUCUUUCUUCGAAAGAUUUCCGUUUUUUUACACACCAAGUGACACCAAAUAGAGUUAGGGUACUUUGGAUGCAAUUCACCAGAGGGUGGUGAUGAUUUGCAACAUGACUAAUAAAUUCGAAAAAUACCAAUUCGGCGAUACCGAGUUCGAAGUACCGGUGCGGUAUGUCCGGCUCGAAGCAAAGGGAUUCGGUGCGCAAGGAAUGGUCUGUGCCGCAUACGACACAAUCACACAGCAGAAUGUUGCCAUCAAAAAGCUAUCACGACCGUUCCAGAACGUCACACAUGCCAAACGAGCCUACAGGGAAUUUAAGCUUAUGAAAUUAGUCAAUCAUAAAAAUAUAAUCGGACUGUUGAAUGCAUUCACACCGCAGCGCACGCUCGAGGAGUUCCAGGAUGUCUACCUCGUUAUGGAGCUUAUGGAUGCCAAUCUGUGCCAGGUCAUUCAGAUGGACCUGGACCACGAGCGAAUGUCCUACCUGCUGUACCAGAUGCUGUGCGGCAUUAAGCAUCUGCACUCGGCCGGAAUUAUUCACCGGGACUUGAAACCUUCAAACAUAGUGGUCAAGUCGGAUUGUACGUUGAAAAUUCUAGAUUUUGGACUGGCACGUACCGCCGGUACGACUUUCAUGAUGACGCCGUACGUGGUGACGCGGUACUACCGCGCUCCGGAGGUGAUUCUCGGCAUGGGUUACAAGGAGAAUGUCGACAUCUGGUCUGUCGGGUGCAUCAUGGGUGAAAUGAUCCGCGGCGGGGUGCUAUUUCCCGGUACCGAUCAUAUUGAUCAGUGGAAUAAAAUUAUAGAGCAAUUGGGCACACCGUCGCCUUCGUUUAUGGCCCGGCUACAACCGACGGUGCGGAACUACGUCGAAAACCGUCCACGGUAUACGGGCUAUCCGUUCGAUCGGCUUUUCCCGGACGUACUUUUCCCGACGGAUUCGAACGAACACAACCGUCUCAAGGCUAGUCAAGCACGGGAUCUGCUCAGCAAGAUGCUAGUCGUCGAUCCCGAGCAUCGCAUCUCCGUCGACCAGGCACUGGUGCACAGCUACAUCAACGUGUGGUACGACGAGAGCGAAGUCAAUGCGCCCGCUCCGGGACCAUACGACCACAGCGUAGACGAACGGGAGCACACUGUCGAGCAGUGGAAGGAGCUCAUCUACCAGGAGGUCAUGGAAUACGAGGCCCGCAAUAAUCUGGCCGACGGUGAAGGUACCCCGCGGUAGAAAUCGUCGGCUCAAUAAAACGAAUCGAACCUGGUGUUCCUGGAUUCGCACCAGGAAGCAACCAGCAUGUGCGAAGAGCGCCUAGUUUGAGCGAGCGGAAAUCCGAUCGCAUGAUAGAUCUCCUCCUCUUCAUUGUUGCUGUUCUGCUGCGGUAACGCGGAAAUCCCUAUCAAGACAGUAACAACCGUGGCAUUCAGAACCAUACCACUACCGUUUAAGAAAAGAUUUAGAAAGUGAACUGUAUUAAUGGACCCGCACGCAUUACCUACGGGCCGAUGUGUUGUUAGGGACAGCAACAAAUAUUAAUAUUUUCCUCCUCUGAUACUAUCAUCCAAAUAGUUGCAGUUUCCGAUUCAUGCCACCAUCUACCAUCAUUAGCGAGAGUUAAAUGUUUUCAUCCGGUACUGAAGAAAAUGAGAAAAAAAAAGAAAAUCAGCAAAUCGUUACAAACAAACAUGAACGAAUGGUUUCGUUUUGUUUUCCCUUUUUUACUCGCCAGAAAUGGGGUCAAAAAGUCGUACUAAACAAAAUAUAAAAAAAGUAUUUGAGAACAGAGAAGAAAAAAGAAGAUGAAAACCGCGCGCUGUGAAGAUCAUUACUAAACAUUAAACGCAAAAGCAAACACACACAAAUCACUCUAACAUACGAUAGUUGGUUUGAUAAGAAAACAGAAAAUUAAGAUUUGUAAAUAUUUAUUACAGUUGUAAACGACUCCUAAUCAAGCAUGAAUAAACGGCAUGACAUACCUAGAAUUAAUCGUGACAGUUCGUUUGUACGUGAGUGAGUUUUGUGGAAGCAGAGUUAAGGGACGACGAGUACUUUAAGGACAGGAAAAUAAAACCAACUUCUGUGUGGCAGAAACCCAAGCAGUUAGUCAAAACGUGCAAUAAUUUUAUCAUCAAAUUACAACACAAAUACGCUUCCAUCAAGGAUUAUAGAGUCUGGUACUCCGGAAGUUCAAAUCAGCAUCAGAAGACAAGUUGCACAGAAACAAGAAAAAAAAACAAUUUGUAGACCGCUUUUAAUUGUUGAAGUGAAACAUUAAUUAUAAAGUACAGCUAAAAGCCAGCAGCUAAAUUGUGGAACCUUUUGCAUACAUAGUCCAAAAGUAUAACGUGUUCCAAUUGGAACGAAUGUCUAUCAUCCUCACGUUUAUUGUGUUUGUGGUCGCUACAGGUUGCGUUUCUCUCCCAAUACGGGAAGAAGACAUAUGCAUGUGAUAUGGUAAGUAGCUUUUAUUUAUUAGAUUGAUUCAUUGAAAUGGGUUUCGUUCGCCUAUUACAAUAACACAAGAUGCUCAGGUUAAUGCGCGGCAAGCUAAGAUUGUAACCGAUUUUCCUUACACUCUAUUUUCUAAUGCUUUUUCAUUUCUGUCACGUGUCCAAAUCACGGUACGGCAAACGUACUACGUAGACUCUUUUGAUCCCAAUCCUUGAUCUGUACAUUAAUUUAGACAACACUGCCCUCUAUUCGAGUUAAGGUGACAAAAAAAAAACAAGAAGUGUCGAAAUACAUUCACAUUCACAUGGAAAAACACCUAGAAACAAGUCGUAGUUUAAAAAAAAAGGUUAAAACUAAAUUGAAGUUUCUAUUGCCAUCUCAAUUUGCCAUAUUCAUCCCGGAGAAAAGAGAAAACGUACCCGCAAGUACUUAAAACCUAUAGAAAUCAACCCUUACAGACAUUUCUAAUCAAUACAAGUAAUUAAAAAAAAACUUAUUAAUAACUUUGUUGUAAUGAUUUAAAAAGUUAUUGAUACAAACAUUGAGUAAACAAACAAUAAAUAAGGUAGACGAAGGAAUCAUGUAAAUAAGUAAUGAUAUAAUAAUGCAAGAAAACAAAAAAUACAACAAAUCUAGAUGAAAAAGUCUAAACAAAGUAAACCAUAUAGCAAUUAGUGCAUCCCAUAACACGUUACAAGUAAUCAAGAAAGUUAAAACCCAGCUCUAAUCAUUUUUUGAUGAUUAGCGUCACAGCGCCCACAUGCAACACUGAGUUUCAUCGCAGAGUAAAUCAAUUGUAGCCUUCGUUAGAAGAAGGCUCUAUUCGCGGUGAUCUUUUUUUAUUUAUCAAAAGUUAUCUGAGCUAAGUAACAAUUGAUAUCGAGCACACGUCUAAUCUUCUACUAAAUACUGAAUUUUUCCUGUUGACUUACAUGAUCCAAAAAAAAAACAAAACAAACAAACACUGAAACUAGGAAGCAUUCAUUCAAUUUGUCAUUUCUAAGCAAAUACUAUGAGAAACCAAAAAAAAACAUACGCUGAAAGAAGAUCACGAGUAAAAGAACAGUUUUACGAAUCCGCCCUUUUUAUAGAAAGAAACACAAAUGAUACAACAAAAUACAACAAGAAAACAUACAAAAACACAAUUCUAAUCCUUAUCAAGAGCUGCUAAUAUUCCCCCAUUCAUCGAGAAGGCGAGAAUAAAUCGAGAGCUCGGAACCCUCUAUGCAUAUUAUUAGCCAGUCAUUUCGCGUGAAGGAUUGAAAAUAAAUGACAAAACUGCUUUGAUGAAAAACAAAACAACAAUUAGUGACAAUCGCUUUUUCCGAUUUCUCGUUUCCUGCAGUUUCGGCGGCCAGAGCAGUACGAGGGGAAACUGCCUUUCUGUUCAGUAUCAAGACAACACAAGUUAGAUGAUGCAUACCAAAACGAACCGACUUUGGCUACGCAAAAUGAAACAAAAAAAACACAUAAACAAUUAACGUCCAAGCAACUAUAGAAUAAAACAAGAAAGAAAAUACUGAUUGGAAUGAAAGCGCUUUGAAGAAUUUUGCCACUCCUGUCACAUUCGUCAUUCGUACGGUACUUUUCUAACCGGUUUGCACGAUUUGGUUUUGUUUUAUCCUAUCCCUAAAACAUCAGACAGUAUAAUAAAAGCUAAUUGGUCAUCUAAAGAAUUAUUUCCUCUAAAUGAUCUAAGUUGAACAACAUCCAGCAACUAAAACGUAAUUGUAAUAUGAAAAAAAAAAAGGAUCCGAGUUGUACAGACAAGGGCCUCAGAAGCAAAAAGUAAAACAAACAAAAAAAAACAGCUCCCGGAAAGCUAAGUAAAAUCACACAAAAUUUAGAAAGCGUGAUCAAGAGGUAACUACCAGGUAAAAAAUAUUGAAAUCUAACUAUACUUAUACUAACUAAUGGAAAACAAAUGAAUGAGGUCGGCGGCAAAGUGAAGGGAAACAAAUAGUUUUACUACUGAGUUUAGUAGGGAUGCGGUUCAGAUAUCUGACUGAAAUACACACAUACACAUACACACGACGAGCCAGCAAACAGAUCAGAAAAUCAGACCUUAGGAAAUUGCCACGUCAAACCAUGAGAAUGUAAGAUCGGUUGGCUUUGCGGGAUCACGUGAAAUGUGCACCCUGAACUGCAAGGACAAAAGUUAGUUUGAUGAAGACAGUGAUGUGAGUAUAAAAGUGUAUUGAAAUAACAUUAUAAUUGAAAUAAAAUGAAAACGUAAAUAAAAACUGAUGAUAAGACAGACGAAAUAAAAACUGAUUGAAAAUUA